GAACCGGAUGCAGCGUGCUGUUCAACGGUUUGACAGGCGAGCAUUCAUCCAAAAUGUUGAAAAUCACCAUCCGGGCAGAUAUAAGUACCCUUUGGGUCUUAUUCUGGAUCACGUAUUCUCAGUUUUUGGUCGUAUCGUCCGAUGACAUAGUGGUGGCGUGUGGAGGAUUCGUCAAAUCCGAUGUUGAAAUCAAUUACUCGCUGAUCGAGAUUAAACUCUAUACCAAGCAAGGCUCAUUAAAAUAUCAGACGGACUGUGCUCCAAUCAAUGGAUACUUUAUGAUCCCUCUUUACGACAAGGGAGACUUUGUUUUAAAGAUUGAACCUCCCCUUGGCUGGAGCUUUGAGCCUACCAGUGUAGAGCUCCAUGUGGAUGGAGUCACGGAUAUAUGCACAAAAGAAGAGGACAUCAAUUUUGUUUUCACUGGCUUUUCAGUGUCUGGGAAGGUCCUCAGUAAAGGCCAUCUCCUCGGCCCAGCUGGAGUAGAAGUUCAGUUGAGCCGAGCAGGAACAGAUGAGAAACUCCAGAGUGUCAUCACACAGCCUGGAGGAACAUACACCUUUCACAAAGUCCUCCCCGGAACUUAUGACAUCAUUGCUUCCCAUCCUUCCUGGAUCCUGGAGCAGAGCGCUACCUCAGUGCACAUUUCCACUGCCAACGCGCCGGCCGCUGACCAUCUGGUGGUCGGAGGCUAUGACGUCUCAGGGGAGGUCCGCAGUGAUGGAGAGCCCAUGAAAGAGGUCACCUUCCUGCUUUACUCGGCCACAGUGAAAAGAGAGGAUGUAAAGGACUGCAAUUUUUCUCCAGUGGAGGGCGCCGAUUCUGGGGACAGCUCUCUUGUCUACCUGUGCAGUGCCCUCUCCAGGGAGGAUGGCACCUUCAACUUCCCCUCACUGGCAAGUGGAGAGUACACUGUGGUGCCCUUCUACAGAGGAGAAAGGAUCACUUUUGAUGUCGCUCCUUCCAGAAUGAAUUUCAAGGUGGAGCACAGCAGUUUGACACUAGAGCCCAUCUUUCGCGUUAUGGGUUUCUCUGUGACUGGACGGGUUCUGAACAGUGUGGCUGGGGAGGGCGUAGCUGAUGCCACCGUCUCCCUCAACAAUCAGAUCAAAGUUGUCAGCAAAGAGGACGGUUCUUACAGGCUGGAGAACAUGACAGCUGGUACUUACACCAUCCGUGUCCAAAAGGAGCUCAUGUUCUUCGAGCCAAUAACGGUCAAAAUUGCCCCGAACACACCACAACUUCCUGACAUCAUUACAGCAGGGUUCAGUGUUUGCGGACAGAUCUCCAUCAGCCGCCUGCCUGAGGGCAUGAAGCAGCAGGGUCGCUACAAGGUCACCUUGACACACCAGGCCCAAGACAAGACUUCGGGCCGGGUCAUUGACUCUGACACCCAGGGAGCGUUCUGUUUUCAGGCUAAACCAGGAGACUACAGUGUCCAUGUGUCUCUCCCCGAGGCUGAUGUGAAAGCGGGCCUGGCGUUGCAGCCUCAUUCUCUGGAGUUUUCAGUUGUGGACCAGCCCCUCACAGACCUACUCUUUACCCAGUUCAUGGCCUCUGUCUCUGGAAAGGUUUACUGUUUAGCGUCCUGUGAUGACUUGUCAGUAACACUUCAACCAGUUAGCCGACAAGGAGAGAGAAGGAUUGUGCCCUUGUCUGGCAGCAGUGACAUCCUCAGCUUCUCCUUUGACAACGUUCUACCUGGGAAAUACAAAGUGAGCAUCUCUCACGAGGAGUGGUGUUGGAAGCACAAAUCCAUGGAAAUCGAGGUCCUGGACUCUGACAUAUUGGGGGUGGAGUUCCGACAGAUCGGCUACAUCCUACGCUGCUCCCUCUCCCAUGCCAUUACUCUGGAGUUCUUCCAAGAUGGCAGCAAACCUGAGAAUGUGGGCAUCUACAAUCUCUCCAAGGGAGUCAACCGGUUCUGCCUCUCCAAACCUGGCGUUUACAAAGUCACCCCUCGCUCCUGCCACCAGUUUGAGCAGGAUUUUUACACUUACGAUACAUCGGCACCCAGCCUCCUGACCCUGACUGCAGUGCGCCAUCACAUGACAGGGCUCAUCACCACUGACAAGAUCCUAGACGUCACAAUCACCAUCAAAUCGUCCAUCGAGAGCGAGCCGGCACUGGUUCUUGGCCCCUUGCGGAGUCUGGAGGAGCAGAGACAGGAGCAGCAGCUGCAGGAGAUUCAGCUGCGGCGUCAGGAACGAGAGCGGCGAGCUGCCGAAGAGGACGGAACCUCCAAAGAUGAUAAUCCUCCCGUUCAAGAGAAGGCUGAUGACUUGACAGGCCCCUUCCACUAUGAGUUCUCCUACUGGGCAAGGGCUGGAGAGAAGAUAACGGUGACUCCCUCCUCCAAGGAGUUGCUCUUUUACCCCCCUGAAGUCGAGGCCACCAUCACAGGAGAGUCCUGUCCGGGGCGCAUGGUGGACAUCAUGGGCCGUGCAGGGCUCUUCUUGGAAGGCAAAGUGUCACCGGAGCUACAAGGUGUAGAGAUCUCCAUCAGUGAGAGAGGAGCUGCUGCACCACUCAUCACUGUGGCUACUAAUGAGAUGGGAGCAUACAGUGUGGGUCCACUCCACAGCGACCGGCAGUACGACAUCAGCGCCAGUAAAGAAGGUUUUGUCCUGAGUCACGUGGAGGGAAGCCAGGGAGACUUCAAGGCCUUCGCUCUGGCUGGAAUCACCUUCAAGAUAAAGUCAGAAGACGGUCAUCCGCUGUCGGGAGUCCUUUUGUCUCUAAGUGGAGGACAGUUUCGCUCUAACUUGUUGACUCAGGACACUGGCGUCCUCAACUUCAAUAACCUGAGUCCAGGUCAGUACUACUUCAAGCCUAUGAUGAAGGAAUUCCGCUUUGAGCCUGCAUCCCAGAUGAUUACAGUAGAAGAGGGUCAAAUCCUUAGUAUUGAUAUCACUGGCAUUAAGACUGCCUACAGCUGCUACGGAGCAGUGCUGUCUCUGAGUGGCGAUGCUGAGAGGGAUGUUGCCGUGGAAGCGGUGGGCCAAGGAGACUGUAGCCUCUACAGCGAGGACACUGUCACUGAUGAGGAAGGUCGCUUCAGACUCAGGGGUCUGCUGCCUGACUGCAAAUACCUGAUUCAACUGCGAGCUGAAGGCAACGACCACAUCGAGAGAGCUUUACCUCAGCAAAGAGCCAUAGAGGUCGGCAGCAGUGACAUUGAAGGAAUCAACAUCAUCGCCUUCAGACAAAUCAAUCAGUUUGACCUGAGUGGGAAUGUCAUCACAUCCCCUGAACACCUGGCAACUCUUUCGGUGAAGCUGUAUAAGAGUGACAACUUGGACAACCCCAUCAAUAGUGUUUCACUUGGCCAGUCCCUCUUCUUCCAUUUCCCUCCACUGGACAGAGAUGGAGAGAGCUACGUGCUGAUGCUGUACUCCACACUGUCCCGCACGCAAUACGACUUCACGCUGCCUCAGGUCUCCUUCACAUCCACGGGCUACCAUAAGCACGUCACCCUUACAUUCAAUCCCACUCGCAAAGUGCCUGACCAAGAUGUCGCCCAGGGCUCCUAUAUUGCACUACCCCUCACUCUGCUGCUCCUGUUAGCAGCAUACAACCACGAAAAGGUCAUCCCCUUCCUGCUGCAGAUGGGGAAUCGUGUCCAGGGUGUAAGGAGCAUGGCCCAGGCUAGCGGUGACGGUGCUGCCUUGGACGAGGCCAAACGUCAGGCCAAGAGGCAGAAGGCCCGGCGCACAUGAUCACCUCAGACCACAUCGUCCUGCGUUGAAAAGUCCACAAGCAAUCAUGGUCACACCGCCUAAGCAUGUGAAGCGCUUGUCAACCGUGUCUUCAGCUGUUUCUGGAUUUUAGUGACCCAUUUAGCUUGAUGUGGUUUAUUUGAUCGAAGCCCCCACCCCGGCGCAAAAAAAACACUUCCAACACCUCAUCAGUUGCUUUUUUUGUAAAAAAAAAAAAAAAAAAAAAAAGCAAUCAAAUGAAUUAUUUUUACUAUGUAUACUGAAUGAGUCUAGGUCAACUCAAAUGUAUAUCCUUGAUGCCAGUUUGAAAACACUUGAAUCCAUCUAGUCUACCUGCAAAACGGCUCCACUCAAACAAAAUGCUACUUUUUUUUUCAGGAUUUUGCAGUUUCGCCACCACAGAAAACACAAUUCUGUGGGUUUAUACUGUGACACCUUUCCAGUUUUUGUGGUAAAACUGGUACAGUACUCCUUUUUAUAGGGUUAGACACCUCAAAGUGGACUUGGAAGAAAAGACAUGAGAUUACAUUUCGUGGUUUCACUUUUCUUCACUUGUCUUAAAGGAAUAGUUGGGAUUUUUUUGACACCAAGUUGUAUGAAGUCCCCAUCAACAGCGCCUUACACCCCACUUGGUCCCCUAAGUCCAGUUCUGGUCGGAUUUGGGUGAUGAAGAACAUACUUGCUGAGGUUACACAAGUAAGGAAUUGACUUCUUAAAACAAUAUGCGAGCGUCUUCAUCACAUACACAAGAAUGGAGAGGCGACAGUGGGUAUGGAUACCGUGGGAGACAAAUAUAAGGCCAAGCCACAUGUUUUGAGAAGCCAAACUACUUACUUGCGACCCCAGUGAGUACCUGGAGUUAUGCUCUUCAUCACCAAAAUCAGACCAGAACAGAACUGGGGGGUAAGUUGCUGUUGAUGUGCUACACUGCUGAUGCGGAUGUCAUACAACUUCAUGUCAAAACAUCCCAACUAUCCCUUUAAGCCACAGAAUGAUUUAGAAAGUGGUGGGUGGGAAAGUGUGCGUACAUUUGUAGAAACCUGGAACGUAAGCUCAGGAUUUUUUUUGGACAUAGUCGUCCCUCGCCAUAUUGCGUUGCGAAUUUCCUGGCUUCACUCUAUCAUAUCAAUAAAUCUUCACUGUUUCGUGGUUGACUACGGCCUAUUAGUUCAAAAAAAUGCACAUGUUGAAGCAAAGAUUAUGUAAUUUUGGUCCAAAUUAAGCAUUUUCAAACAUGCAAAUGACUGAUUGAACUAAAUUGCAAAUAUAAGACAUUCAGAAAGCGCAAUUGAAAGACACGCUGGAGUAUGUAGUGUUCCACACUAGUAGUUAGGUGUCAAUGAUGUUACAGUAUGGUACACUGAUGAGACAAUAGCCACUGCAGGAAGUAUUGCAAGUAAAAAAUCAACAAGGAACUCUCCAAAUGCUAACGUGUGAGUCUAAAUUAUGUCUUAUUUUCUAUUAUUAUGUCUACUAUUUGGGGAAUAUGAGUAUAAAGGCUAUUGGGGUGUUGUUGCUCUAAUAAGUGUUAAAAACCACAUUUAAAAGGUCAUAGAUUUUCGAUGCUCUUAACUACAGAUUUAUCCUUUAUGAAUAAUUUUUUUUAAAUCCUACUUUGCGGAAAUUUACUUAUCACAGUCUGUUCAGAAGCCAAUGAACCACAACAAAUGAGUGAAGAUCGUUGGAAGCAUUUUUUCCCCCCACAUUUCACAUCUCUGCAUAGAAAGACUUCACAUUUUGCACCACUAUUGAUUGUUUGGAGGAAAACUGCGCUCAGAUUAGAAUAAAAUGUUGUACAAUACAGUAUAUUGUAUAGGAUUUACCCUCAACUAAAUCCACACCCAACAGAAUUUUCGCUUAAAGGGAUAGUUGGGACUUUUUGACAUGAAGUUUCAACAGUGACUUAACACCCCCCCCCCUCUCCCUUUGCUCCGUGAGCGGAGUUCUGGCCUGAUUUCGGUGAGGAGGAACAUAGUUCCGGUUAGUUGCCGGGGCCACUUACGUGAAGAGUUUGGCUUCUCGAAACAGUAUGCGUUCAAAAUAGUAAUACGUUUGCAUCACAAAGCCGUUGCUAACAAAAAAAAAAGUCAGACCCCUCAGUCGCUCGGCGGAACUAUGUUCCUCCUCACCGAAACCCGACCAGAGCUCGGCUCACGGAGCAAAAUUGAACUAUCCCUUUAAUUAAUAAUCCUACCACAUAGGAUUGCGAGUCAUUCCACUCACCUGCCAUAUUGUGAUACACUCCAUUUACCUGUAAGCUUAAACAGAGAAGCUGCCUUUCAUUAGCUCUGGAUGCUGGAACCAGGAUUUUGUUUUCUUUUUGGGGUCGGGGAGGGGGUUCUGGAGAGAAAAUGGGCCUGAUAUAAUUUAUUGACAUGAUUGUGUGUUCUGAUAGUAGCUGUUUUAAUAAUUAUGUUGAGGUUGAGAACCCUCAGUAGUAAAUUAGCCUUAGGCUGGGUUCCGUCACAUGACGUCAUAAUUAAUGUGAACUUUUUUUCGCAUCCAUCUGCUGACUGUCGUGACUGAGACUUGCUGAAAGUUCCAAACCACUUGAGUGUGUACCUAAUUGUAGAAAUGUGUUCUAAAAAAUACACGUUUGUGAUGACUUGAUUGGUUUGUUUGGGUCGAAAGGGGGAAGUGUGUGGUGUGUAAUUGUUUAAUGUGUUUUUAUAAAGUUGAAAUGGAAGAAAAGUGACUUGGCUCGCGUGUAAUGUCACCUCUGGGGGGCAAUGUGAUCCAACUCCUUUUCAGACUCCCAUAUUGUUGCAUUUUCUCUCUAGAUUGAAAAUAAAAUGGACACAACCGG